AUGGCGAGCGUCGCCUCACGGCCCGAGUGCUAUAAACAGCUUUCCCGGCGAGACGACGUCCAGUUGCUGCACCGGACACCUGCACUCGGAGCCCGGGCGCGCCGGGGGACCCGGGAGCUGGCCGACCCCUUGGACGGGGGCACCGUCGUCCCCCCCGGGAGCCGGCGGCCCCCGCCGUCCCCCCAGUCCCCGCGCCGGAGGAAUUUCAGGUUAGGGUCACAUGGGCAGGUGGCUUGGGGCCCCGGGUUUGGGUCCUUUCUGGCACUGAUCCCUUUGCUCACGUCCUGUCGUGUGCCCCCCCCAGGGAGCGGGAUCUGGACUUCUGUAGAUGAUAUUGGCUCCAAAACACGCCUUACCUGUACCCUGAACUACAGCACCACUGAGAUCAUCGGCCACCGCUGGGUGAAGGGGGGCAAGGUGCUCAAGGAAGAUGCACUGCCUGACCUGAAGACGGAGUAUGAGGUGGACUUGGACGAGCGCUCCGGGGAGUACUCGUGCAUCUUCCUCCCGGAGCUUGCGGGCAGAACCAGCAUCAAGCUUCAGGGGCCCCCCAACAUCAAGGCUGUGAAGAGGUCAGAGCAUGCCACUGAGCGGGAGACGGUCGUGCUGGGCUGCAAGUCGGACUCCUUCCCCCCGGUCAGCGAAUGGGUGUGGUACAAGAUGGAAACCUCUGGGGACCAGGUCAUCAGCAACAGCUCCCAUAGCAAGUACUUGGUGAUAUCCUCGGAGACCAAGACGGAGCUGCACAUCUUGAACCUGGACCUGGAGGUAGACCCUGGCAAGUAUGUGUGCAACGGCACCAACUCGGAGGGCACCAGCCAGGCCAUCAUCGUGCUGCGUGUGCGAAACCGCUUUGCCGCCCUCUGGCCUUUUCUGGGCAUCGUGGCCGAGGUACUGGUGCUGGUCACCGUCAUCUUCAUCUACGAGAAGCGGCGGAAGCCGGACGAGGUCCUGGACGAUGAGGACACGGGCUCCGCUCCUCUGAAGAGCAGUGGGCACGUGAAUGACAAAGGCAAGAACGUGCGCCAGAGGAACGCCAACUGAGGCGUCCCGCCUCCGUCUGUAGAGCAGCUCAGCGUCUGGUGUUUGCAGAUUCCACGUUCUUUCCUCUCAAAGGAGACCUGCCCCACGAAAGCAGACCACACCGUGGGUCAGAUCACACGUUUCUUUCCUUUUUUAAACUAAACUAGGGUUUUCUACACAUAGAAUUCCGUUCCUUAGGGGUUUUGUUUUUCCUUUUUAAACAUUUUGUGAGUGCCUCUGGGGAGCCGUGAGCUUCCUGCGAGACUCUCGUCCUCUGCCCGUCCCCUCAGCUGCCCCUGCCCGCCUGUCCCGUCACUGUCUCCCCACUACCUCCCACCUGUCCCUCCUGUCACCACAACCCGUCCCCUCACUGUCCCUUGGGCAUUUAGCCUCCUAGCCCGUAGUGGGGUUGUGAAGGGCAGGUUGGCCUUUCUCUGGGGCUCCACCUCCUGAGGCUGCUGGGCGUGUUGGGACCCUUUGUGGAAGGUCACAGGUCGUGCACCGUGCAAGUGUCCUGCCCGUCUGAAGUCUGUGCUGGCGGGGUGCCUCAGGUCUGUGUCGUGCAUCAGGACUGCUGUGAACGUGGCUGCUGGCGGGCCCCGCCUGGCCCUCCCUGUCCCUCCCUGCUUCUGCUGUCUAUGCGCCCGGCUGCAGGAUUGCUGUGACGGCAGCUGCAGACCCCCCCCUCCCCAGCUGCUCCCCGGUGUCCUGACUCGCCCACCACCUGUCUGCUCACCAAUAAAGAAAGGCCAACCCGUGCUUCCUCCUCGGG